AUGGCCUUUUCGGCCGCCAGACCGAGCUUGGUCCCGCAGGAGGAGCUCGAGAGCUUCCAACAGCACUUGGCCAAGUCGACACGCAUUCUUGCACUGCUGGGUGCAGGAUUAUCAGCUUCAUCAGGGCUACCGACAUUCAGAGGCGCAGGCGGACUGUGGAGGACACACGAUGCAACGUCGUUAGCCACACCAGAAGCAUUCGAGCGGGACCCAGCACUGGUAUGGCAGUUCUAUAGCUACCGGCGGCAUAUGGCGCUCAAAGCAAAGCCCAAUGCCGCUCACUAUGCGCUUGCCGAGCUGGCACGCAAAAAGGACGAGUUCAUCACACUGAGCCAGAACGUCGACGGCCUCUCUCCCCGUGCCCAGCAUCCACCUGAGAAACUCAAGCUCCUCCACGGUUCGCUCUUCGACGUCAAAUGCUCGGACUUCUUCUGCAAGCACUUUGAGCGCAACAACUUUACCGACCCCAUUGUACCCGCUCUCGCUAUCCCUAGCGACGAGUCCGACCCCACGACUGACUCGGCCCUCGCUGCCCGCGAACUCGACAUCUCGGACAUAAACGUAGACCUCCCUGAGCUUGACUACUCACACCUCCCCCCCUGCCCCGAGUGCAAGCGUGGUUUGCUGCGACCCGGUGUCGUCUGGUUCGGCGAGGCAUUACCGAGAUCCGUUAUAGAUGAUGUCGACGCGUUUAUGUCAGAUAAGCGAGGUAUAGAUCUCAUAAUGGUGAUUGGUACAUCUGCUAAGGUCUACCCCGCCGCGGGUUACGUUGAUCUUGCACGAUCAAAGGGUGCAAGGGUUGCCAUCAUCAACAUGGAUCUAAACGAUGUGCCCGCUAGCGGCCUGCACAAAGGCGAUUGGUUCUUCCAGGGCGACGCAGCGCAGAUAGUGCCUGAUUUGCUGAGGAACAUAAUUGGAGAUAUUGAUCCAGAAAAAAUGGGCGACGCAGCUAGGGAAACGUGA